CAUCUUCAUAUGAUCCUUGCCAUAUAAAAACUUACACAUAGUACUUCAACAUUGGGUUGUAUUUUUUGUUGCUUUUCCUUCAAUAUUUUCCUCAAUUUCCAUCUUCAAUGGAGAAGAAACUUAACUUACUAUGCCUUACUAUUAUUACUAAUAUAUUGUUGCUCUAUAGUUAUUCACUCAAUGUAGAAGGAAGGCAUCACAUUUCCAAAAAAACAAAGACCAAAAGUAUAACUAGUCAUGCUCCUAGUAGUCCUGUUGAGGGUAGUGUUAAGCAACCAUCACCAUCACAACCAUCACCACUAUCACCACCGCCAGCUUCUUCUCCUAGUAAUGUUGUCCCAUCGGACCCAAGUUACGGAGGCAGCCCUGAUUUGAGUCCUGAUGAUUGUGUUUUUGACGUGACGGAGUAUGGAGCCGUUGGGGACGGCUCCACCGAUGACACAGAUGCAUUCAUUGCGGCUUGGAAAGCCGCGUGUCAAGUCGAGUCUGCAGUGCUCUUGGCUCCUGCGGAUCGUACUUUCAUGAUCACUUCCACUAUUUUCUCUGGCCCUUGCAAGCCUGGACUCGAAUUUCGCGUAAAUGGAGUGCUAAUGACACCAGAAGGACCAGAUUGUUGGCCUAAAGAAGACAGUAACAAGCAAUGGCUUGUGUUUUACAGACUUGAUAAUAUGACUUUUACUGGUACUGGUACUAUUGAAGGUAAUGGUGAACAAUGGUGGGAGCUCCCCUGCAAACCUCACAGGGGACCUAAUGGCUCUACUUUGCCUGGACCAUGUGACAGCCCUACUAUGAUAAGGUUUUUCAUGAGCUCGAAUUUGGUGGUGAGAGGUUUAAGAAUACAAAACAGUCCAAUGUUCCACAUGAAAUUUGAUGGAUGUGAAGGAGUACUCAUAGAUGAAUUGUCAAUUUCUUCACCUAAACUUAGCCCAAACACUGAUGGAAUUCACAUUGAGAACACCAAAUCUGUUGGAAUCUACAACUCCGUCAUAGCCAAUGGGGAUGAUUGCAUAUCAAUUGGACCUAGUAGUUCAAACAUUCAUAUUGAAGGAGUCACAUGUGGGCCUAGUCACGGGAUCAGUAUUGGGAGCCUAGGGGUGCACCAUAGCCAGGCAUGUGUGUCAAACAUUACGGUCCGCAAUGCCAUGAUUCGAGACUCUGACAACGGAGUUCGAAUCAAGACAUGGCAAGGAGGGUCAGGAUCAGUAACAGGAUUGUCGUUUGAUACAAUUCAGAUGGAAAAUGUGCGCAAUUGCAUCAUCAUAGAUCAAUAUUACUGCCUCACCAAGGGAUGUCGGAACGAGACGUCGGCCGUCUAUGUGCGCGACAUCUCUUACCGAAACAUCAAGGGAACUUACGACGUGCGUAGUGCUCCCAUACACUUUGCCUGCAGUGACACCAUUGCUUGCACAAACAUUACAAUGUCUGAAGUUGAACUUCUACCACAUGAAGGCGAACUCGUAGACGAUCCCUUUUGCUGGAACGCGUAUGGAAUUCAACAAACGUUGACGAUACCUCCGAUUGAUUGCUUGCAAGAUGGAAUGCCACAGGAAAUUGGAGAGGCUGUUGAAUAUACCUGCAGUACCUGAUGACAAUUAUAAGUUAGUUAUAGACUUAUAGCUCUAUGUAAAUUAUUUUUGUAGGUCAUUUUCAUAUAUCAUAGUAUAAAUUUCACUUCACUAGGCUGGUUUGCAUCCCUACUAGGGAUACUAUUUUGUACUAACAGAUAUGGUCUAUUUUAAUGACCUAAUGUCUGUACUAGGGAGUGAAAUGUCUACAAAUAAAAUAAUUAGUUUGAAGAGCU